GUGGAAGUGAAGUGGACGCUUCAGUAGUCUUCAAGCAGCCCAGAGGAGUCAGUUACUAGCUUUUUGUAAGCUCGCAGCGUUCAUAGUAUACCUGCCACAUGGUGCAAAUUUGUCUCCGAAGUGACCGUAUACAUUUUCACCAGCCACAAAGUAGCUGUCAAGUUCAAAACCUAGCUGAGUUAGCUGGGCAGCUAGUGACAAUGAACUGUUGUGCUUUUUGAAACAAUCGGCUAAUGCUCCACUAGCCGUCUUGCUGUCACUGACAUCAUUCCGCGCGAUGGCGACAUGAUACGCCCGCUUAACUUUUUACCUGGACAUGUAACUGCUGCAGCAUUUUACUAUGGAGGGCGAACGAAGCAACUGCAGGCCCUAGGUUGGAAACAAUAGCAAAGCUAGCCGAGCUAGCGACCCACCGUGGCUGCUAAAGCUUGCUAAAAGCUGUCUUGCCUGGUGCGUCUGUGGAGCCGAGCUGAAAACGGCGAGGUUCCCGUGCUAUGGAUCAGGAGGAUAUGACGGAACAAAUCACAGCAGAUGUGACGGACCGAGACUCGGCACCUCCGCAGCCCGGCUCUGACAUCAUCAUGUCUUCAAAAAACAAAUGGGUGAGCAACAACGACACUCGCCUAGUUUUAACUGAGGAGGGGCUCAGUAAUGGCACCUGUGAAGUUGAUACUGUGGUAGCAUUAUGCUGCCCUAGCGACAGUGGAGAUCUUACUGCAGAAGGCGACCACCUUGCUCUGAGCAACGAUGGUAUGUCAGAGUUUUCCAACAGUGACCUCUCACUGCCCGAGGUCUGCAUUUCUACCAACAGCAAUACGUUUGAGGAGGACAUGAACUAUGAGGUCCAGCAAGCUUAUAGGAUAUUUACAGGCUUUCUCUUGGAUAAGCACAAAGGGAUCACCAGCCCAUUCCUCUAUCCCAUUGGCCAUCAGGAGGCCCAGCAUGGUAUCGGAGGGGUCAAGGGCCGGGUGCAGUCACAGCUCAGGCAGUCAAUGUGCUUGCGGAGGAUGGAAGAGAAGUUUAUCAAUCAGGAAUACGAGACCAUAACUGAGUUUGUUGCAGACUUCAGGCUGAUGCUGGAGAACUGUUAUCGCUACCAUGGAGUGGACCACUGGAUCUCCAAACAAGCACAAAAGCUGGAAAUAAUGCUGGAGCAGAAGCUCACGUUGCUGUCCAGGAUGCUGCGAGAGAAAACAACCUUGGCAGUUACUUCUAAAGGACGUUUUGGUGUAGAGGAGGAACGGGGCACAGGAGGCACCUCCACAAGGCGGAGAUCCACACCUCGUAGCCUUGCUACCAUCACUGUUGGUGGACAUGAGUCGAUCAUGGUGCAGACCCUGCGGUUAGAGGAGCAACAGAGAGCCAAGGAGGAGAAGAGGCAACGAGAGCUUGAGAAGAAAGAGGCAGAAGAAAUGUCAGCCAAGGAGGUGGAAGAGUGGGAGCAGAGCUUGCUUUCACUAGCUUUCCCUCAGACUGUCGAAACCCUUUGGGAACUCCCUGCUAUCGGGCACUUUCUCUGCUUGGCUCAGACUGCCCUUAACCUCCCCGAGAUCAUAUUUUUUGAGCUGGAACGUUGUUUGCUAAUGCCCCGCUGCAGCCUGCUCCUGUCCAAAAUCAUGUCUUCCCUUCUCUCGCCCCCUCAGAGGAGGGCUACACUGCACCGCCGGCCUGCGCUGCCUUACAAGCGAUGGGAGUCAGAACUAAGACAGCGUGUCGUAGGCUGGUAUCGAGCCAUCGGUGCCUCCCGUGAUCAGCCAGAUCGCGCUGAAAAGCUGGGACUUUCCCACCAGUUUUUUAGCAUCCUAGGGGAGGUUAGCCCUUUGGAGGAGAAACCCUUUCACUUGUUGCCCUUCUAUCAGCGAGUAUGGCUUCUGAAGGGGCUGUGUGAUCAUGUGUAUGAGACACAGAAGGAUGUACAGGAUGCUGUGCUCGCCCAGCCCAUCCAUGAAUGUAGGGAGUCUAUCUUGGGCUAUGACAGCAAAGAGAAUGCUUAUAUACAUUUCCCACAUUUCUGUGGAGCAGAUCUGAGGAUCUAUCGCCAAAGCCCCAGCACACCCCCAGCAUUCCCUUUUCCUUCUGUAUGGGUCAAAAGAGUUGACUUUAAGCCAGGUACAGAGGACGAGUCAGAUGGAAUGCGCGAUGAGAGGGAUAAAAGUGAUGUAGGAUGUUAUGGAGUCUCCAUGGACACUGCAGAGACUGGCGAUUUGGGAAAACGGAAAAGCGAGACUUUUGGGGUUUUCAAAAGGGAAAAUGAGAAAGGAGAGGAAGAUAAAAAAAGGUUUAAGUUGUGGUCGCUUAAGGAGGAGGAGACAUCUGAAUCGGUGUCUUCUGAUGGAGACUCUUGUCGAGACUCUAAACUGGACUUAAAAAUACACACAAACUCACUUUCCCUUACACACAUCAGUCCAAGUGAAGGAGGUAGUGUAAACAUUAAUUUGAAGCAGGAGACUUUAGAUGUGGAGCAGCAAUCAAAGAGAAUCACAAUAAAACAAGAGCAGGACUUCUUAUUGGGUUCAGUUCGCACCAUUAAAGCAGAAACACAAGAGCCCUGUCUGAAUGUAGGGGAGCACAGCUACACAGGCAGAUCUCCUGCUCGUUCUGUGAAUCUGGCCUUCCCAACAAAACCCUUGGGACUCAAAAUAGAGGGAGGAAGUCUCAUUCAGGGACACCAAAGAUCUUCCUGUUUUGAAUGUUGCAAAAAGAAAACUAGUAACGUUAAAUCAGAGGAGCAUGGCUUCUGUUGUGGUACAUCAGAGCUGGCAGCACAGCUGUCUUCUGAGAGCGCUCAAAUCUCAACUGAAGAUGCGACGAACUACAAAAUCUGGACUAAAAAAAAAAAGCGGAAGAAAAAGCGAGGGGGAGACCAGCUGCUGAGGGUAAAAGGAGAGCACAAGCAGCUGCAGCAUGUGGACAGGAUGAGACUGUCCCCAGCUGAGGCUGCCAAGUCCACACUGCGGAAAGUUGGCGCAACAAUCAAGAGAAAAGACAAGAAGAAGAAACAUAAAACAGGCAAAAAACCUGAAUGUUCAAAGAAAAUUAAAGAUGAACCUUCAGCUGAGCCAUCAUUCAAGUUGGUCUGCACCAGUCUCGAGGAAUUACGCGAGCUUAUUAGUAAGACUGAAGAUGAACUUGAUGACCUGGAGAGCACUAAAAAGAGAUUGGGUCGAUGGUACUAUAGGAGGGAAGCAGUGAAAGACCUCCAUAGCACGCUAAUCAGACUACUAAAUGAGCUUUCACCCUGGGAACCCAAACUUGUCAAAGCGCACCAAAGGAACAGGCUCCGUUUGAAAAAGGAAUUUGAUGAUUUCAAGAAGCACCCAGAGUACAAUAACUUUGUGCGCGAGGAGUGCAUUUUAUCAUCAUCAUCAUCAGAUGAUGAUGAUGAAGAAGAACAGGACUUCGGGAAGGAGGUGCCUUCACUCUCAGAUCAUUAUGGUAGAUCAGAAGAGGAGGACCUGGAGCACAGAGUUCCCAGAGGCCUUUGGAGUGGAGCAAGCACCAGGGAGUUUAUGGCUGAGUCUGCUGGAGAAAACACGGUGACAUGUGUACCUCCGAACCACCUAAAACACCUUCAAGCAGGCGCAGAGAAAGGCAUUGGUCUGCGGCAAAAAGAUCAGACUGUAAGCAGCAACAUUAUUUCUGCCGACUCCAGGCCACAGUCUAGAUCUGAACUGAUCCCAGCAAAUCAAUCCAGGGAUUCAGCAUGGGCAGAAAGGGUGACAACUCAUGCUUCAACAUCUCCCAGAUCCCCUAUCCUUCACCCAACUAUUGGACUACCUAAGGGCUACACGCCCAUCCCCACCCUGCUGGCUAAGAGUGUGGGAAACAAAGUGACCUUAAUGAAUCGACCUGCUGAUUGCCCAGGUGUUAAUAGUGGAGAUGCACAGAGCAAAAGGUCUUUGGUCUCCCUGCCUACAUGUGCAGUAGCUAAUGCAAAACUUUCAGAAGCACAAAGUUCUCUAUCCGGUUCCCAGCAGAACAAGCAACAGAUUCAGGUACAAGGACCACAGCAGACAAAAGCCCCUGAGCAGUCAGAAGUGGCCACUGUGGCGGCAGUUCUUCCUAAAUCUCCACAGGGCAAACCAACACAGACCGUACUAAAAAAUCCAGUCCAAGUGGUGUACAAGGUACCUGAGGGACUGGGUCACCUUGUAAGGAAAGACAAUAGCCCAGUCAAGAUCUCAGUUCAGCCUGUCAUUGGCCGAGACACUGGGGAGAAGACUGUGCAGCAAAUGCUGAUUCUGCCUUCUAACCUUCUCGUUCAUAAAGCUGAAGCAAAGUCGUUCUCUUUAGAUCAACAACAGACUAAGGGCACACAGGCAACAGUUUCCAAAGUGGCCAGCCCUUUUUGUAUGUCCACCGAUGUGCCUGGGUUCAGGAUUCCUGAAAACAGAAUUCCAGUUCAGCAAGUGGCCCCCCUAAAAGAUGCCAGGACAGUGAAGACCCCUUCUCCUUUGGUUUCACCUUGUUUCCAACAAGGGGCCCUAAACACUGCUGGGUUUAAAGGGGCACAGUUAUGCAGUGUCCAAUCUAGUGCUCCACAAGAUAUCACACCAAACACAACCUCCAUUACAACAGUUUCAAAUGCAGUUUGCACUGAGCCUGGGAAACCUACAGACCUGAAACAAGAGCUUAAGACUGUGUGUAUCCGUGACUCACAGUCCAUUCUGGUAACAACUAGAUGUGGCAACACUGGCAUUGUCAAAGUCCAGACAUCCUCAGAUCAGAAUGCACUUGGCUCUAUUCCCACCAGUCCAGUCAUCACUAUCUCACCUCAGUUUAAAGCCUUCCUUCUUGCCAAGGCCUCACAGUCUUCUACUCCUCCUACUCAGACUUCACCUUCUCCUGUUCCAGCAAUGACAAGUAUCUCAGUGGCUCAAGCCCAGAAGCAGGUUCAUCCAGCUUUAAAGACCCCAUCCUCUCUCAAAAAUACCACGCUUACUCCGACCACUGGUAGCAUUCCUAUAACAGGCCCACAAAGCCAAACUACAGGCAGUACUGGUGCUUUAAGUCAAGGCCCCAGUACCUCAGCUGGUUCUACAGUUGUGGCAAACAUUUCCCAGCCAGUCCAGACAGAUGCUACUGGUUCUCAUUUUCAAGCUUCUGUAGUGAAAAACAGUGUUGUUGUGCCACCACCAAGUGGCUCUGGAGUUUCCCAAGUUGCCACACAAGCCAGCAAAACUAGUGUGAAACGCACCACUACAGAUGAGGGAUCCCAAGUUACUAAAUUCAUCCUGGUUACUCCAUCUUCUUCCUCAUCCUCAAAUGUAGCCACAUCCAAGGGAGCACCCUCAUCCCCAAAACUGGCUCCUAGUUCAAGAGUCAUGUUUGUCAGUCACCCCACAGUGACAUCAUCAACAACCGUCAUGGGAAGCAUUCCAGCGCCAGCAAUGGCAAUGUGUCCUAGUGGACAGGUAGUGGCCACUUCAUUAUCAAAGGUGGGAUUAAGACCAGGAAAACCUGCUAGCAGUAUCAGCUUGGAGGCAUUGUCCAAGGGCAGAAACAUCUCUCUGCCCUCAGGGGUUCAAAUCCAGUUGCCAGGGAAGACAACUAUUGGACAGACUGUUGGUGCCCUAUCACAGUCUUCUAAGUUCAUACCAGGUUCUGUCUCAAGUACACACUGUUCAACAGCCACUACCACUGGACUGGUCCCAGCAACAAGUUUGAAUGCCAUUACUAGUUCUCCCCAGCUUGCCUCUCAUGGGCCUCUCACCACCAGCACUCAGCUCCAAGGUAUCCCAUCAUCUUCCUUGACGUCGCAAACAAGCUGUUCUACAUCCAUAUACACUGCUGCUGCUCAGUCCACAGGCAACAUGAUAAAGAAGGAUGUUAAUAUUCUGGGAAGUGUACUGCCCAUCAUCACUCCUGUUCAGACAACUACUGCUGUGGAGAAUAGGUCAGUCCGAACUUCGGCACUCACUCUUGAUUGUCAGAGGGGUGUCAGUGAGGAAACCACUUCCUCCUCCUCCUCUUCAUCUCAGUUUGCUCGCAAUAAAACCCAACCCCCUUUCUCCUCUGCACCAACCACUUGUACCCCAUUCACCACCUCUGCAAACAGCACAGUCCAGCAGAGAAUAGUCAUUAACACUUCUACGCCGCUUGCCGCCGGCACACACAUUCUCCUCAACAAUGCGCGCUUUGUAGUUCCUCCCCAGGGUUUGGCUCCAGGCAGCCACGUCCUUAUCAUCUCUAGCCCUGCACAACAAGUGCCUCCUGCCAGUCCUACAAGCACUGGAACGUCAGUACCUUCUCAAGGUCCAAGCCAUGUCAUGGUAGCCCCCCGGGCACCAGUUUUACCCCAACCCCCAGCCAGGCUGCCUGGUGUGCCAGCUGUAAGUUCUCCUUUUGUAGCAAGCACUCCUACUGUUGUUCGACCGUUGCUGGCGACCACUCCUAAUGUUAUGCCACUAAAACUAACAGGAACACCUGGCCUGGACUCCACAUUGUUACCCAGUAAAACAAAUGUAGUAUCGGCUCUUCCUCGGUUGCCAACUGCGCAUGCAGGUAAUUUUGCAGUACCUCCAGUAGGUACAUCCACUCUGGGGUCACCUGGACCAAGCUUAGACAAUGUACCAGUGGUAACCAGUGCCCCUUCUCUUGGUUCAGCACAGGGUACAGUCAGAUUAGCUACUGCUACACAUGCCCAGGCAAAAUGUUUAUCAACCAUUUCACCUGUAGUAGCAACCCCCUUGCCCAGAUUGUCGGCACCUCUGUCAUUGCCUGUAGUACCCAGCCCAUCAGCUGUUACCCUGCCUAGCCCUGUCGUACCAGUUCCUGCACCCCUCUCCUCAGCUGUAGCACCUGUAAUAGCAGACACACCCAUUUUGCAUGGUUCUCUUCCUGCUCAGCGUGUGAUUGCAGUGACAACCCUGGACCUAGGCGUACAGCCUCACCAAACAGCUGUCCGAUUUGCAGCACCGACCACUCCUCAACCGCAGGCUUUAAUGCAUUCAGGAUUAGGCGACACAUCAAUCAAGAAACAGAUGUCAGUCAUGCAAACAGUGCCUGCUGGCACACGGACACAGGUUUUGCCAACUGUGGCUGUCCCACCAAUCGUAAGCGCACUGUCGAGGAUGCAGACACUGCCCAUUGCUACUGUUCCACCUAUCGAAAGCACUGUCAACACCUUUGAAACAGCACCUGUUGAGACUGCGUCUUCAUCCAGCACCACUGUAAUAAUCACUCCAGCUCAAACAAUCACAUCACUUAAGAUGAACAACACCAUCCAUCCUCCUGUCAUACUGACCAAUCAAUCACUUGGAAAACACUCCCUGCAGACUUCAGCCUUGGGUCUGCAUACGAGUGUAACUCCCAAGAUUCUCAUUAGUCCUGAUGGUGCUGUUUUGAGUGCUGUUCAGCAGCAGGUCAGUCCGGCAGAGCUGACUACCCAUCCUGAAUCUCAGGAUGCACUGGUGAUUUGUACCAACAGUUCCACUGGAGCACUACAAACACAUGAUUCCUCUUUAAAGCCUUCACCGGCAGACACAAAGUGAACCAAUUAAAGUAGAUUGUGAGGGCUCAGACACAACUUUUCAGCUGCUUAGUUUUAGCGGGGUUCAUAUCUUUUGCUUGUUUUAAUCCUGGGGUUGUUUAAAGAACCUCGUUUCCAGAUUUAGUUUGACUCCUGACUUAGUAAUGCUACAUUAGGUUUUAUCCUCUGGUUAAAUUGUCUUAUAUAAACCUGCUCAGUCAGACAUAAUAAAAAUGUAUACUGUGAUGAGUUUCUGGAGGGGACACUACUGAGGUAUAGACUCUUGACUUGAGCAAUUACAAGUGUUAUAACGAAGCGAUACAAAAGGAGGGUAGAUGAUAUACAUUUCAAGUCGAGCUUUAGCAGUUUUGCAUUUCAGUCCCACUAUUGUUUACUAUUUAUCAUUACAGCUUGCUCUACUUUUGUCUCUGUUUGGAAAAAAAAAAGAAAAACCCAUCAGCAUCCAGUCUGUCAUGUCCUUUUUUUGACUAGUAACUAUUUGAAAGCUGCAUUUUACGUUUUAGAAAUGAACUAAUAGAUAAAUUUGUACUACAUAUUUGAGCCCAUAUAAAUGUUUUGAAUUUGCAUUUAUUUAUUUUUACCAUAUAGAUUUUUCAAAAAAUAUUUACUAGGUACAUUUUCAUUGAACAAUUGUGGACGAUACUGCAUGGAAAUAAACAA